AUGAAGUCUUGCUUUGUGAGAAUUAAGGGCCUCUGCAUCAUGAGAUGCAAGAUUGCAGCGAUUGCAGAUCUUUUGUUCAUCAUUCAGAUCCUUAAUAUCAGCAUGGCCGUCUUCCAAGUCUCUCAGGUUUCCGAAUAUGCUGAAUUAGAGGUUGACUGGGUUGACUGGGAUCAGACCGAGAGGGAUCAGCAGGUGGUCUACCGUCAUGGUAUCCCAGCUCUCAAUGCUCUUGAGUUCGACAGCUUGCUUGGGGGUAUCUUGUCGCGCCAGGGCAUCUUCCUUCGCGAACAACAACUCGUCGAUGAUGUUGCGCUUUGGCGACUUGUGGCUUAUUUACUACCUGGGACCACAUGGACGAUUUGA